GAACCUGCGUGUGUGUGCGCGCACGCGCACGCGCGCGGGCGGACCGGGAUGGCUCUGCGAUAAAGUGGAAAGCGCUCUGCCGGCGACAUGAACCAUGGCCUGGCGAGCGUGGUCGAAACUCUGCUGCGGUCAAAAAUGGCUGCUCCUCCUCUCCCCCCUUGUCCUCCUCUUCCUCGCCACCGCCGUGAUCACUGGGACUCUCCCUCUCCCCCUGCACGACGUCGACUGGCGCUCCUCCCGAGCCCUGAGCUCCGCUGUGGAGCCCCCUCCGGGCGCGGGCGCUUACGGCGCGGCCUGGAGGCCCGGCGCUCAGAGAGAGACGCCUAAGCAUGCGACGCAACCAGAAGCUCUUGGCUUCUUGGAGACCGGUGGGGAGGACAAAAGCAACACGAGAGCGAGGAGGAUUAAAGGUGAACACAAAGCCGUGGCCUCGAGAGAAAGGGGGACGGCGCGCGGCGCCCAGCCCUCAGCCGGCCGUCUGCGCCCCCGUCCCCCAGAGGUCACGGUCAACGCCGCGCGGCCAAAGCCCCGAAUCAAACCACGCCACCGCAGGGUGCAGGAUGACAGACCCGCAGCAGCACACGGCCUAGUGAAUGGAAGACUAGCCGCAGGCAGACAGGCGGACGGACGCACAAGGACAAAGCUAGCUGAGCACCAGCGUGCCCUCGGACAGGCUGCAGCGCACAUUGGGAAAUCUGACAAAGGGGGUCAGGAGCAGAAGGCCAUAAAAAAGCCCUCUUUGGAUCUAAAACAACACCACAAUGUCUCAGAGACCCACCUCAAAGGGAGGAGGAGUCCUGGCCCCGCUGCCCGCAGGAAGGUUUUGUUCAAACCGGGCGCAGCGGCGAGGGAGGGAGACGGCGCCUGGUGUCGGAGCUUCCGGGAGCAGGACUUCCCAGACAGCGACCGCAGGGGCAUCAGGAUCAGCCCUGACCUUCGGCCUCUCCCCUGGUUUAGCCAGGAUGACAUCCGCAAGAUGGAGCUCCUAGCUGAGGGCCAGGUGGUCAGCAAGGCCAGGGUCCCCGCACACGGACAGGUGCUGCAAGUGGGGCUGGACGCCCCCCCACACCAGCAGCAGCGAGCACCUCAGACGGGUUCACCUGAGGCCGGACCGGGCCAAGGGCGGCCAGAGAGCCACGGGGAGCGCUGCCAGCGGGGACACUGCUGCCUGAUCAAACGCACCGAGGACUGGUUGGAGGUGUUGGCCUUCCACCUGGACAGGGUGCUGGGCAUCAACAGGAGCCUCCCCGCCGUGGUCAGGACUCUGCGCAGCGGGAUCCUGCCUUACCGAUACACCAGCGGCAUUCCCCGCCCGGCGGUGUGGUGGGACCCGGACAUUCAGCACCUCGCCGACGGGGACAACGACCAGAACUCGGUGCCGCUGGGCUGGGCCCAGUACCAGAAGCUGCUGCGGCUCCGCUGCGGGAGGGAGGCGGACCUGAGGUCGGCGCCCUGCGUGGGAGUCCACCACUCAGAGUGGGGCCGGCUGGCUCUCUUUGACUUCUUAUUGCAGGUAAACGACCGACUGGACAGGUACUGCUGCGGCUUCACACCCCACCCAGCAGAACUCUGUGUGGAGAACCUGCUCCACACCAAGUGUGGCAACACCAAGGACCUGCUGCUGGUUCACAUCCUGGUGAGGAAGGCGGAUCCCUCCCGGCUGGUGUUCAUAGACAACGCCGGCAGGCCGCAGCAGGCCACCGACAACCUGAACUUCCGUCUGGUCGAGGGCAUUGAUGAGUUCCCACAGAGAGCAGUGUCUGUCCUCCAAUCGGGCUGUCUGGAGAGUCUUCUUCUACGCUCCCUUUACACGGACAGGGAGUUCUGGGACAGCCAAGGCGGGGCCGGCGGUCUCAGGCCUCUCGUCCGCACGCUGCAGCACCGAGGGAAGAUUCUGCUGCAGCACAUCGGAGACAUGAACCUGCAGCUCAAGAGGGACCUGUGAUGGACACGUCCAUCCCUUUCUUCAGGUCAAUGAGAGCUGCAGUGCUUCAGCUGGUCCGGUUUUUGAAACAAACAACCUUUUUUUAUUCAAAGGGGUCACAACAAAAAGGACAUCAACGAGGGCCACUGCAGGGUCCAUGGACCAGUGGUGAUAUUACACACACUCAAAAGUGUCAUUCAGUUCGAUUUUCAAAAUAGUUAUACUUAUACAAUGCUCGGUGUACUAGAAAGGGAUCGGAUUGGAAAUUCAAAGCGUCUCCAUCAUGGACAGAUUGCCUCCACGUUGUUGCUAACAGCGCUAACCCGAGGGGGAACCGGAGCUACGUUUGUUAGCUGCUAGCUUUAGGCUCUGAAUUUCCAAAAGAAGCACCUUUAAAGGAGUGCUUCUUCAGCCCUUGGAGGGGCCACCGAGCCAUGGUGUAGAACCCAGCUGCUAGAUACAAGCGGUCGGUCAGCAGAAAGAGGACCUGUUGAGGCAAAUAGGUCCAUAAUGAUUGUAAUGAUUAGUCAACAAGACUUCCAAGUUAAGAGAGAAAAACGGUGUCAUGAAGAGUUAUAAUACAUUAUUCACAUUAGUCCUUUCGAAAUUGUCUUUUCUCACAGGUUACAGGUUUAUGGUUUUCACUAACCAUUUUAUAGAUUCUAUGCCAUUCAUACUGGGUUGGGAGACUGCUCGUCUUCAAACAACUAACAAAAGCUCAAUAAUCAGCCAUUAACAAUAGGGAGUAAACUCUGAGUGCAGUUACAAACAUGUGAUUGCUUGCUUGAGUUUUUAAUCUAACGAUGAAGGUGGUGCUCUUUGGCCCGUGAGAGAUGUCUUCACCGUAAAGUAGAGGCAGAGCGAGCCCAAGGCAUUAAUUAGCCAUCCAUCUGGCCUUCACCAACGACGAGGACGAGGGUGCCAUUAGGAAGCGAUCCGAUGCGCGGGAGGUAGGCGCUGCGUGGGAGCACCAAGCAUCUCUGGCGUCCGAGGCGCGCUAACUGUUUGAUCAGCAGCAGCGACGUCCCUAAAGCGGCCUGUUGGCGGGGGGAGGGGGGGCGGGGUGCGCUUGUCACUCCAAAUCCAUUCACGUGCUUCAUCCGCCCGUCCGGCGGCCCUGGCUAAUCGCUCUCCAAGUUGCCCUCAGGGGAGAACGUGAGACACACGGUUCCCCUGCUCCUCCUCGCAGCCAGGUGAGCGGGCCGUUAUUCCACCGUGUGGUGGGAAGAAGCAGCGUCCAUUUGUUUCCAUUUGAAACCUUCCACCGAGGGCAGGCGGCAGAUCAAGUGACGGAUUGGAGGUCUGUUUUGUGAGAUAAGCUUCUCUGCUUUUAAUGGAAGGAUUACAAAUGUCUGUCGGCCAAUAGUUUCUGGAAGCCUCGAGAUGAAAAUGGACCAAAUAUAGAUAUAUUUAUGCAUAAUGCAAUAGAUGAAAAAAGGGAUGAAAACUGAAUGGAAAAUAAAGUGUUUUACAUGUUUCUAGCUGAACUGUCAAAUGGCCUUUUGCUUUUUAAUUCUUAAAAGCACACAACGAGAAGCUGUUUCUGUACCCGCUCUGAAUUCCAAUUCCACUCGUAACUUCUUGUAUUAAUGACAUUUUCUAUGGCUCCCUCUUUCAUCACUGAAUAAUUGUCUCUAAUGAGAAAUGGCUCAAACGUGUGAUCCCGUUUUUGUCCUCACUUGAUCUCUCCUACAUCGAAUGUGUGGCUUUUUUCCCACCCAUAAAACCACCAGAAAGUGAGCUGAUUUUCAAUGACGUUGAUUUCUCUGCUUCUAUUUGGCCGUGUUUUUUUGUCCUGUUCAUUACAACCCCAUCUAUUGUGGACUCGAUGACUCGAUGAUACAACGCCGGCAUGGGAGAUUAUGAUUUUGUUUGAAAGUGUAGAAAAUAGACCAAGCAAGGUCAGAGAGAAAGAUUGCUCCGUGUAUGAGAAGACAACAAAUAGCCAAGGAAACAGAUCAUUGGUUAAUUUGAAAUGUGAAGCUUAACCUCAGGAAAAUUCACAUUGUACAUUAGGUCCGGAAUUCUAGUCACCCCUACCGGAAAUCCACCCUCACUCACAUUUGUUGUAAUAUGUUUUUGGCUACUUUGGGAAAAAAACACAUUCUUUGCAACUCUUGCGUAAAAGAUUACUUUAGCACUUUUAGAUUUUUCCUUGGAGUUCAGAGCCCACAAAAGACACAAAGAGUUGAACUUUUUGGCCCUCUGAUUCCCCGCUGCAAUGUCUUUUAUGGAUAUUUCAUUAUUACAUUGAUGUCUUUUGGAUUUCUCUGAAUGUCUGCUUCUUAUUGUGCAAUAAAGCUUUAUUGAAGGAUGAA